CUGCUGGCGUCACGGGUGCUCGCUCAGUGGCUGCGGGGCAGCGGUGGGAUGCCGGGGAGAGAGGCAGAGAUGCACCCUGUCCUAAAGGCCUUUGUGUGUGGCUCCAUCAGUGGGACUUGCUCCACACUCCUCUUCCAACCCCUGGACUUGCUAAAAACCCGUCUGCAAACUCUACAGCCUGCUGUGAAUGGGUCCAGGCGUGCUGGGAUGGUAACACUGCUCUUCAGGGUUGUUCGUACUGAGAGUGUCCUAGGGCUCUGGAAAGGUGUCUCUCCAUCCUUUGCGAGAUGCAUUCCUGGGGUUGGAAUUUACUUCAGCACACUGUACAUGAUGAAGCAAAAGUUUCUAGCAGACCGUUCACCCACAGCCCUGGAGUCUGUCUUUCUGGGUGCCACUGCACGUGCAGUGUCUGGGAUCUGUAUGCUGCCAGUGACUGUAGUGAAGACUCGAUACGAGAGUGGAAGAUAUGGCUAUGGGAGUGUGUAUGGAGCACUGAAAAAUAUCUAUCAGACAGAAGGAGCUCGUGGCAUGUUCAGUGGGCUCACUGCAACGCUGCUACGGGAUGCACCCUUCUCUGGGAUCUACCUGAUGUUCUACACACAGACAAAAAAACUAACACCUCAGGACCAGCUGGAUCCAGUGCUCAUGCCUUUGCUGAAUUUCGGCUGUGGGAUCUUUGCAGGAAUCUUGGCCUCACUGGCAACACAGCCUGCUGAUGUCAUCAAAACACAUAUGCAGCUGUCCCCCCAAAAGUACCACAGGACAAGCCAGGCCAUUGCCUACAUCUACAAGGACUUUGGGUUGAUUGGCUUUUUCCGAGGCGGUGUGCCCCGUGCCCUCAGGCGGACUCUUAUGGCAGCAAUGGCCUGGACAGUAUAUGAACAGAUGAUGGAAAAAAUGGGUUUGAAAUCUUGACUUACACAAGAAAUGACCAGCUUCACUCCUUUUCCUGCUUGAUGUGAUCAACUGGCACUAGGAAGUUCCCAGUUCCACAGAGGAAUAAACUUGGCUCAGUGAGGAAGAAAGCCUUGUUGAGCCAGGGGAUUGGGCCUCUUGGCCAGUAGAGGAAAGAAGGAUCAGAUCUUUGCAUCAUUUGAUCAAUGCAUUCCAGAAGGACUGCAAUUGCAGACUGCUGUGGGAAAUGGUAGGGUUUCCACAGCCCAAUAACUAUGUUGCAAGGAAAGUCCAUUUUAAAAAUAACUCUGUGCUCACCCCCCUUCUGCAGUGAGACAUCAGUGAGCAAAAGUGUGUGAGCAUAAAACAGUAGUUGCAGACAGAGCCUGCUAACCUGUUUUUUGCUGGUCUGGCCAGUAAGGUCACAAUGACAAUCUGGUAUAGAUCCUCUUUGGUCUCACAGGGGGAUGUUGUACACCACAGUAGGAGACUGGAUGUGGCUCUUAAUGCUUAAAUCACAGGGUUGGGUGGAAGAGAAAGUGUGCUGAUGGGAAGCUAGGAACAUGGUCUCUGUCAUCACUAUUAUACUGGGUGUGAAAGCAGAGAAGGUAACUGGAACCUCCUUGCUGUGUCGUGUUAUUAUGUAAUUGAGCAUCUUGACACUCUUGAAAUGUGCUUCUGCCUCUACAGCAGUGUUUGCACAGUAAUUAAAAAGCAAAAAGCACUUUAGAGUUGAUUGCUACCAAAGUUCUUCUUGUUCUUUGACAAACAUUUUUCCUGCUGGACAGACUAUAUCAGGAACACUGAAGUAUUUAUCCAGUUGUACUAGAGACUGACUUGCUUCCUCAGUUUAUUAAUCCAGCAUCAACACCUUUAGUGAGAGCUGAUUCUGAGAUCUAGUUUUUAGAGCAUAGCUCAUAAUGCAUAAAUAUGUAUAAUGGAAGCAGAUAUACUCACACCUCAUAUUUCACUUAAAAACGGCUUCUUGAUUGCAUGAGAAGUAUUUUUGGGUUUGGAAAGAGGAGGCUGUUCUUUUCUCUAAGCUUUCUACAAACUUUGAAACCUAUGAGUGUUUGGUAGGGAACUUCAGUUCUCUUUGGGCUCCACACAGAGCCUUCACAGUUUCCCAGCCGGUCAUUUUCUCAUAGCAAGCCCAUAUUUCAGUAUUCCUGAGUUUAGGCUUAGAGAUAAAUACAUUUUUGUGCCUUCUUCCUCAUUCCUACUUUGUUAACAGAGACCUCAUAGUGUGUGCUGUCCAAAUUUGGGUACAGCUUGCUCCCCCUCUACACUUGUGCCUCUCUGCUGGCUGGCUGGCUGGCAAGGUUUGGACUUUUGAAGCUCUACUGGUGUUGGGGCAAAGCUGGCUGUAGAAGUGAUCAACCUGUUCUGUAGUGUGCCUUGCAGAAGACACAGCUUUGGCUUUUGUUUUCUUAAAUAUCUAGGGAUAUUACAGUCACUUCAGAAACAGAGCAGAUGUCACUAAAUACGAAGACAUGAUGCCAUAGCUGCACGAACAACUGGCACUACGUACUUGUUCUUCAACCUCUUGAGUAGGAGACCAGAGGACUCAUGGAUCCAUGGGCUGUAGAAGAUGUUCUUUACCAGAUUCCAACACCAACAAGGUUUGAUGACUGACACGAAAGUUGAGUCUGAGUAGAGUGUAAGGGAUGGGCUGGUGGCAUGGGAAGUCCUGCUUGUUUUUAAUCUCAACCCAUCCGUGAGGGCAGACUGGCACUACCUGUGCUGGAGUCUUCAAGAAUGGUCCUGGAAGGCCCCAUGUGCACAUAUCUAUAUGUUAAUAAUAGAGCACUGCAUCCAAUCAUUCCAUGAUCUGACUGACAUCUGUUAAACUUCCUCUGCUGCUUCCGACUGUCAGGCAUGCGGGCACCUCAUUUGCCAAAUCCUGACACACUGUACUGUUCUUUUGCUGUCCUUCCUACCCUUAGUGACCUGAACUUGUUGAGGGUACAUGGAACAGUGGUAGCUACACAUCCUGCUGUUUGUUACUCUGAGCCUCACUGGCACAGAGCUGGAGAACCAAGUCUAGGAUUGCUGAUCUGGCAGUGUAAGGUGGCUUUACAUGAAUUACCUCAUAUGUAUUUUACUUUCCUAUACAUGGGAUCAAACCAACAUAUUCUACUGGAAGCCUGAAUUUUUUGGGGCUUUCUUAAUCUGGUGUGUGAGUUGGAUCUGAUGUUCAUUCUGGGCUGUAGCAAUCAAGAGUUGUAUAGAGUUCCCUGCAAGAUGCUUCAUGAAUAUUUUAGCUCCUGAUUCAGCAAUGGCAAAGCAGCAUGCAGGGUGAGCAAAGAAUGGCAGGUGAUAAAUUAAAUAAUGUCCUCACCAGAAACUUGAAAUGCAGAACAUUUUUUGGCUUUUAUGCCCUAUACUCCUGCCUGCUAACAUAACAAAGGAAGAACUAGAGAAUUUAUUCCAGUGUGCUGGUGUCUUAAAGUCUACCAAUUUUUAUUAUUAUUUUUUAAAUUUUUAAUCUGGAUUGAGACUUAAAGCAGAGUUAGCUUUUCCUGUGGAAAAGUUCUUCCAUUCCUCUCACUUUGUGGAAGUGAGGAAGCACUUCGUUGCCAGUGAGAAAGGUAUAUAUGAUUUUGAUUUGUGCAUUAGCCUGGGCUUCUUUAAGAAAUAGAGGAUCUAAAAUGCACUGUGUUUUAUCAACCCUUAGUGCUGCAAAUCCAAAACUUUGUGAGCUAGGGAGAGUGAGUUUUGUGGGACAAAUUUCUUGUUUGUUUUUCUUUAUCUUGUUUCUUUUAUCAAGUCUCUCAUAUAUGGGAGAAGGGAAACUGAAGUUUUGUGUCACUGUAUUUUGAAAGCUGUAUCACAGGCAGACACAAGACUGUUUCUCAGCUCUGAACUUUACCAUCCUUUACCCUUUUGCCCUCUUCACUGUUUCUCAAGUGAUUUAUUGAAGUUACUUCUUGAUAGCCCUAGCAAGUCAAUAAAAACUAGUAUGUGGGCUUCAUUUUUAGAUAUAUUGCUCUUUGAGGUUGUUUGCUUCUAAUUAACAGCAAAUGGCCACUAUGCAACCAAAGUGCAAAGUAAAGCAGAUAUGAAUGAACACAGGUGCUUAUCAUCAUGUCAGCAAUUCAACACUAACAGUCCUAACAGAUAAUAAUUUCCAAAGCCAUCUUAGCUUUGAUUCCAGAGAAGAUGGUGUGAUCCCUUCUGUCUAUGCCAGGGUGGCAGUUGACUCCCACUCAGAAUAGCAACACACUAUUAGUGAAUGUGCACUGGCUCUGUUUGCCCCUGCAGCUGGGGUAUAAGAACACAACUGGUUAUCAUGUUGAGGCUGACAGUGUCCAAGUGAAGUGUAAGGUCACAAAAGAAAUAGUCUGAUUGUUUUUGUUUUGGAAACUAUCUUUCCAUUCUUCCUGUGCCAAUGAUUUAUUUUUUAAAAAUUUUCAUAUUUUUCCUCAUGCUGUUUGAACAGAAUGGGAACUUUGGAACAUUGCAUGUGUUAGGGUGUCAUGUUUGUGUGUCUGUAUAAAAUAUUUAUGUUAGAAGGUGUAUUAUCUGUUUCUAUUAAAACUGGUUGCC